UCAGUGGAACAACAACUAAAGUUCUGAACAGUUCUUCAGUGUUCAAGUGUAUAUCAGGUGUGUCCCAAAUGGCUCCCAUCUCCAGUCGCGCUUCACUUUCUACCAACACUUGCAGUUCUUCUUCGCAAAUGAACAGCUGUCAGUGUAGACAUCUUGGAGACAGUCUAUGGAGUUCUUACCUGCCUAUCAGCAGACGGGGACUUUUCUUCCAAGACUGCUAUUUCGGACAAGCUCAAACCCUGUUGGACCGCGCUGUCAGGAACAUACUUAACAAGUGGGGCCAGACACAACUACUCACUGACACAUGGAAUGACAACAACUUGUGCCUUUCCAACAAUCUCAGUCGCUACAGGCAGCUACGAGCACACAACUUGAAGAACGAGAUAUUGGCACUAACUUCCUCCACAGACAACACUUCUCAUAAGAUCGUGCUGGAUGUUCAUGACUUCAUGGCUGGUGAGGUGAAGGUGAAGGUGGUGGGAGGGAGACAGGUGCUUGUUGAAGGUCACCUCAACACAAACAAUGGAGACUCGCCUCCCUCCUCCUCCUCCCACACCUUCAGGAGGACUUUUACCCUGCCAGAGAACACCAACACUGAGAAUAUCACCUCCGUCAUGUCCUCUGAUGGUAUACUGACCAUCACUGCUCCAAAAAUUGUAAAACAAUUGAAGGACAACGAGGUGAUAAUUCCCGUUACACUUGAGGAAGAUUAUAAAACAAAUGAAGAAACUAAGUUGACAUCCACUUCAGUAUCUCAGGUUGCUGCUGCACCAAUACUUCCUCAGCACCCAGAUCUUCCUCAGCACCCAGCUCUUCCUCAGCACCCAGCUCUUCCUCAGCACCCAACUCUUCCUCAGUACCCAGCUCUUCCUCAGCACCCAGCACUUCCUCAGCACCCAGCACUUCCUCAGCUCCCAAUUCAAAACAGUUGGAAGACGAACAGAAGUGUGAAUGUGAAAGAUGUCAGAAAAAGGAACAAACUAGAACUGAACAAACUCAACAUCAAAGAGAAACUAAGGAUGAUGUCAGAACUAAUAAGAGUGUCUUGUCCAGCGAGAAAACAUCACAAAAAUGUUUCUCAACAAUCACGGGAAGAAAUUCCUACAAAAGCCCCAAAGAAACUCAUUUCCAGCACCACACAAACAGACACUAAGGUUAGUGACGCUGCAGUUACUCUUGACCUUCAAGAAGACACAGUUGGAAGGAAGUUGUCAAAAACUUCAAGAAAAGACGAACUUCUUUCUCACUCUCAACAUUGUGAGGAGAAAGAGUCUUGUACAGAAGUCAGUAACAUCCACUUGCCCAGGUAUACAAGUCUUCCCAUAUCAACAAGAGGUCUCUUCUUCAGCGAUUCCUUCUUCCAAGAUGCUUGGAAUGAUUUUAACGCUGCUGUUAAGGAAGUGAUGUGUAGAUGGGGUGAAGAAUCAUCUGUCACGCCUUUUAAAACCCACUACAGAAACUUACGAUCUCGUGACCUGAGAGAUGAGACUCAGGCAGUGAAGUGUUCUGAAGAUAAUCUCAACUAUAAGUUUUUUGUGGGACGUGCAAGAUUCACAGACGGAGGUAAGAUCAGUGUCAAGGGGGUGAAUGAGAGAGAAUUGGUGGUGGAGGGUCGUGUGGAGAAGAAAAACGGAGGAUCAAGUUUCACAAAGCGAUUCCUUCGUCAUUUCGUUCUACCGGAAAAUAUUAAACUUGAAUCAGUGUCAUCAGUUAUGUCUUCAGACGGUGUCUUAACUAUCAUGGCGCCCAAGAAGGCUAAAACAUUAGAGAUCAAGGAAGUUGUUGUUCCCAUGAGCGUUGAGGAAGGAAUCAAGAAGUCUGAGAGUUUGAAGCAGUCAAGUGUAGAAGCUUCCUUGUGCUCAUCAGAUGCUUCUGAGGCUUCAUCAGCUGUCUCUGAGGCUUCAUCAGCUGUCUCUGAGGUUCAUCAGCUGUCUCUGAGGCUUCUACAGUCAAGAAAUCUUCUGUGUUCGGUUCAUCAGUUUUAUCAGAUUCGGAACAAAAUGGCCGCUAAUGAAGAUGUUUCUUCUAAGCGAACAAAACCCAGGCGAGGAAAUGUUUCCUCUGAUAAUAAAAGUGAUGUACUUUUAACAUCGAGGAAGUUAAAAGCUGAUACUAACACUCAACAACCAAGAUUAUCAUUCUAA